UUACUUCCCUUUAUCAUUACACUGCGUGAAAAUUGCAACAAAUGGCAGUAAAUUCUGGAAAUGUUGAUAUAGUUACUGAUCACGGGUUUAAGAAUAUACCAGAAUGUGAACAUGGUCCUGCAUUACUUUUCUCAAGAUUUGACAAGAAAUGUGGUGCCGAGAGACACUUCUUUGCCUGUUCAGCUUUCAGAGACCGCAAGGCUUGUCCUUUCUUCAAAUGGGCUGAUGAGGUUAAAAUCUCUAAGGACAAUCGGGUAUUUCAGAAUACAAAGACUGGUUUGUGGCCCUCAUAUAGCCAUGCUGAAAUGAGGAAAAGAUUUUGUGAGUUCAAAGAAUUGAAAGAAUCUGAGAGGCAUUUUUGUACCAACUGUGGACUGAUGUUGCUACCAGGUGAACAGAAAUCUCAUGAAGGUCAAGGUCACACUGUGAGGUCAAACAUUUCAGAUAAGAUGUUAGCUAAACCAACUGAGCUCUUCACACCUUUAGAAAACAACAAAACAUUUGCACAAUACCUCUUCUCGGCCUCCACUGUUGAUUUCAUACUUGACACACUGAACUCUCUACAUGUGACUCAUAUACUAUGUGUUGGAUGUCCCAGUUUGAUAGAAUGUACAGACACAGAAAAGAUGCCUGUGUUUUGGUUUUUCCCAUACUUUAUGGAACAGAGAGUGGUUACACCUACCUCUGGUUACACAAUGCUAGAUUAUAAGGUGGAUUAUGAUAACCAUGCCUUGUUUAAAGGAGAGAAAGGGAGGAAGAAGGGUUCACCAGUUAGAAUUUUUACAAACCUUCCAGCUAAACAGAUCAUUCUACCAGCGUCAGAAGGAUAUUGGUACUGUGAGAAAUGUGAGCGCUACAGCUCUGAAGAAAAUAAACAUUGUAAAAAGUGUAAUACAUGUCCUACCAAGGAUGGGAAUACAUAUACUCACUGUGAUAAAUGUAACAGAUGUGUGAAACCAUCACGUGUUCAUUGUGAUACCUGUAAUAUAUGUGAUCUACAAGACCAUAAAUGUGGUCAAUCUGUGUCUAAAGGUUGUCAUAUAUGCGGUGAUAUGGGCCAUAAAAGAAGAGAAUGUCCGGAAAGACAAUCUGUGUCUGAGAAUUUUUCUAAUAAAAGACCAGUAAAGAGGAAAGGACAGAGCAAAGCACCACAUAUGAAGAAGAAAAAAAGAAAGUGAUUUGCUGAAUGAAUUUUCUUGUGUAGGAAUGAAAGAAAAUAAAAAGAGAUAAACUUGAAAAAUUUG